AUGAUUAUGGACACAAGUGAUUCUUCAGAUGACGAAAAAGAUUUGGUGGGAGGCAAAAAAUCAAAAUUAAAAAUUGUUGAUGUAGCUGAAAAUGAUGAACAUUCUUCAACAGAAGAAAAAGAUGUAAAAGAACCAGUUAAAGCUUUAGUUAAAAAGAAUCGAAAGAAAAAAUCAACUGAUAUUAAGCGUAGACAAAGUCGACCAAAAACAACACAUACAAGUGGAAAACUACGAAAGAAAACUGUUAAUACAGGUUUAAAUGGAAGUUAUUGGAAUGUUGUUCAAAUUGAUCGUCAUGCUCAUACAACUACAUUUGAUCAAAGUCAUUUUGAUGAUGACGAUGAUGAUACAACAUCAUUAUCAGAAAAAGCAGCCCAUGAAAAACUUGAAACAUUAUUAAUAUCUACAACAUCUUCGUCAUCAUCAUCAUCAUUAUCAUCAUCAAACGAUUUGCGAACACUUUUAUAUACAAAUAAAACAUUUAUAACAUGUCGAAGUCCUGCUGAUGCAUUUUUUCUUUGUCAAGUUUUACAAGAUGUUUUUAAUGAUACAAAAAAAAUUCGUAUUCGUUGGUGUUCAUUAGCUGAUGAAAAUGGUGAUGAAACAAAAAUUGAUGAAAAUACACGUUUAAAAUUAGAUUAUGAAGAUACACUUGAUCCAAAUACUAUAUUAACUGGUAUAACACAUGUUGUUCGUCAUUCGGAUAAAACAAUAUCAUUAAAGAAACAAGAUAUUAUUGAAACAAAACGUUUAUUAGAAAGAUCAAUUAAAGGUGAAACUGUUUCAUCUGAUGAACCAAUGGAUUUAACAAAAGAAAACAAUAAGAAAACAUUGGAACAAAUUAAAGACGAUUCAAGUGAUGAUGAUAGUUUAGCUAUUAGACCAACAACAAUAACAAAAGCAAAAAAAAGAAAAAUUUCUCCGGAUGAUUUACGUAAACAACCAGUCAAGAAACGAGCAAGAAAAAUAAGUGGUGAAGCUGCUCCUAUAAAAAAACGACGACGAACAAAAGAUAUUACUGAAAUAACCCAAGGUGAAAAACCAGCUAAAAAAACAGCAGCAAAACCUAUGACAACAUCAAAAGCACAAUUAUUUAAAGUACAAAGUAAUCGUUUAUUGAAAGAAAAUUUAGCAAUAACUAAUUAUCGAAAAGAUCCAUUUUUCGAAGAUAAUGUAUCUGUACCUUUUAUUUCUUCAUUGGUUCAAAGUAAACUAGCUAUUCGAGCUGUACUUAUUAAUGAUUCAAAUUUAUUGAAAACUUUAAUUGAUGAUGUUGAUCGAGUUUGUUCGGUACAUGUAAAACGUAGUCUUCAUAACGAUUUAGCAGCUAUUCACUAUGCAAUUAAAAAUGACAAUAUUGAAAUGCUUAAAAUUUUAGUCGAAGAUUUAAAAACACCGAAAAAAGAUCGAUGUCCUUUUCCAACGGUUUCAAUGACAACACAAAGCACUGGAAGAGCAAAUAUUCAUACAUUUGGUUUUCGAACUGCUCAAAUCAUGGCAGGUCGAGGUGUUAAAGAAGGCAAUAAUGCAUUGAAAAAAGAUGAAAUGAGCUCACUUGAAACAAGUGAUUGUGGUGAAAUAAUUGAAUAUGCAAUAAAAAAUAAUUGUUCGCGAAAAAUCUUUGAUUUACUUUGCGAAGCAUUUCCUCAUGACCGUGCUGGAGUUUAUGAACAAGUUUUUCAUAUUGUUCGUUCUGGUCAUCGAAAAUUAGCUGCAAGUAUUAUUGGUGAAGUAAAAGAUAAUAGUUAUUAUGGAUUUAAUUAUGUCCAUCAUCAAGUUUUGCUCUUUGAUAAUGAAGAUUUAACAAUAAAUCGUGCAGCAAGUGUUGGUAAAAAAGCAAGAGAUAAUUUUAAUUUAACACCCAUACAUUGCGCAGCCAUUAAUCCAAAUUCAAAAUAUUUAAAACAAUUAUUGAAUAUUAUGCCCGAAUAUAAUAUUCUUGAUAAAUAUGAACGACGACCAAUACAUUUUGCUGCUGCAUGCGAAGGACCAGAACCACUUGAAUAUCUUUUAUCCAAACAAGUUAAUUUUAAUGAUGGUGAUCGUGGUGGUAAUUCUCCUUUACAUAUUGCUGUAAUGAAUGGUCGAGCAAUAAAUGCUGAGAUUCUUUUACGUACAGCAAAAGAAAAAGCUGAAUCGAAUGAUUCAGAAGAUCAAGUAGUUCAUCAAAAAUUUGGUCUUGCAUCAAUUAAUCGUAUGAAUAAAUCACGAUUUUAUCCACUUCAUUUAGCUGUACUUAAUGAUCAUUUGGAAUGUGUCAAAGUUUUACUUGAAUUUGGUGCUAAUGUUGAUGUAUUAACAAGUACAUCGUCAGGAAAAUUAACAUCAUUAAUGUUAGCAUGUCAAAAAGGUUAUUUUAAAAUAGUUAAAUAUUUAAUUGAAAAUGGUGCAAAAGUUGAAGCUCGUGAUCGUUUUAAAUGUACACCACUUAUUCAUGCUUAUUAA